AUGACCCCCCCCCGGCAGCAGGUGCUGGCCGCCAUCCGGGCGGAGGUGAAGCGGCACGAAGGGGCCAAGAAACACGUCAAUAAGUUGAUUCGGUUGGUGGAGACGGUGCCGGAUCCGCGGCUCAGGGCCAACCUCACCGCGUCCCUCUGCGUGGUGCAAGGUGGUCAGUUCAAGCGUGAGGUGACAGUCGAUGGCCAGAGCCACCUCCUGCUCAUCCGGGAGGAAGGAGGCGCCCCGGACGCCAAGUUUGCCAGCUGGGUGGACGCCGUCAUCUUCGUCUUCAGCCUGGAGAACGAGAGCAGUUUCGAGGAGGUGACGCAGCUGCACGCGCUGCUCAGCGGCUACCGGGGCACCAGUGAGGUGGCCCUGGCGCUGGUGGGCACCCAGGACAAGAUCAGCUCCUCCAACCCCCGGGUGAUCGAGGACGCCCGGGCUCAGGCGCUCUGCGGGGACAUGAAGCGGUGCCUCUACUACGAGACCUGUGCCACGUACGGCCUCAACGUUGACCGGGUCUUCAAUGAGGUCGCCCAGAAGGUGGUGGCACUGAAGAAGCAGCAGCAGCUCAUGGCGUCCUGCAAAUCUCUGCCCAGCACCCCCAGCCACUCGGCUGCAUCCACCCCCGUCGGGGGCAUCCACCCCGGCCAGGCCAGCAACGGUGGCCACACCAGCGACUACUCAUCCUCGCUGCCAUCCACCCCCAACGUCAGCCACCGGGAGCUGCGGAGCGAGACCCCGGCCCCCCUGGGCACCCCCAGCUCCCUGCACCGCGGGGCCAAGCGCCGCACCAGCCUCUUUGCCACGCGCCGGGGCAGCGACUCAGAGAAGCGGAGCCUGGACAGCCGGGGCGAGGUGGCGGGCAGCGGCCGUGCCAUCCCCAUCAAGCAGAGCUUCCUGCUGAAGCGCAGCGGCAACUCCCUCAACAAGGAGUGGAAGAAGAAGUACGUGACUUUGUCCAGCAACGGGCUCCUCUUCUACCACCCCAGCAUCAACGACUACAUCCACAGCACCCAUGGGAAGGAGAUGGACCUUCUCCGUACCACCGUCAAGGUCCCCGGCAAGCGCCCGCCCCGCGCCAUCUCUGCCUGCGGUCCCUCCGCCAGCAUCAACGGGCUGGUGAAGGACGUGGGCGGUGGGACAGCACCCGAGGGCAGUGCCGGUGCCUCCCCGGUGGGGCUCAGCCUCCCACCGGAGCCGGGGAUGAAGGGCACGGGCAAGGCUGAGCGGUCGCUGCAGCGCUGCGCCUCCGCCUCCAGCGCCAAACUGUCUGGCUCUGACGGCCCCCCUGCCUUCGAAGCCAUAUCCAGCCCCAGCAGCUCCGGCAAAGACCCGCCGCCAUCGCCCAUGAUCGACAGGAAGAAGCACCGACGGAAGAAGCUGAUGACGCCGUCCAAGACGGAGGGCUCGGCCGGGCAGGCAGAAGAGGAGGAGAACUUUGAGUUCAUCAUCGUGUCCAGCACGGGCCAGACGUGGCACUUCGAGGCGGGCAGCUUCGAGGAACGUGAUGCCUGGGUGCAGGCCAUCGAGAGCCAGAUCCUGGCCAGCCUGCAGUGCUGUGAGAGCAGCAAGAACAAGGCUCGCAUGGACAGCCAGAGCGAAGCCGUGGCCAUCCAGGCCAUCCGCAACGCCCGGGGCAACUCGCUCUGCGUGGACUGUGGGGCACCCAACCCCACCUGGGCCAGCCUGAACCUGGGAGCCUUGAUCUGCAUCGAGUGCUCGGGGAUCCACCGCAACCUGGGCACCCACCUGUCCCGCGUGCGCUCCCUCGACCUGGACGACUGGCCCCGGGAGCUCACGCUGGUCCUGACAUCCAUCGGCAACGCCACCGCCAACAGCAUCUGGGAGAAAAACCCGCAGGGCCGCUGCAAACCCACCCACGAGUCAUCCCGGGAGGAGCGGGAGUCGUGGAUCCGGGCCAAGUACGAGCAGCGGCUCUUCCUGGCGCCGCUGCCGGCCACCGAGGUGCCGUUGGGGGAGCAGCUCUUCUGUGCGGUGCUGGAGAAGGACCUGGAGACGGUGCUGCUGCUCUUGGCCCACAGCAAGAAGGAACAGCUCAACGUCAGCACCGGCGACAAGGACCGGCGCACGGCGCUGCACGUAGCCUGUGACAUGGCUCUCGUGGUCAUCACCCAGCUGCUAGUGUGGUACGGCGCAGACGUUCGGGCACGGGACGGCCAGGGCCGCACGGCGCUUUUCUACGCCCGCCGUGCCGGCAGCCAGGAGUGUGCCGACAUCCUGCUGCAGCACGGCUGCCCCGGCGAGGGCCCCGGUAGCCCGGCCACCCCCGGGCUACGCCGCAAGAGCAGCUGCGCCAGCGUGGGUCCCUGCGAGCCCCGGACCGCCCUGGUAUAG